AUGAGCUACAUCGCCCGCCGCGGUCUCUCGACCUUGAUCCCUCCCAAGAUCGCUUCCCCCAACGCGAUCGGUGCUGCCAAGGAUGCUGCCCGCAUGGACCGUGUCGUGAACUUCUACGCCAGACUCCCCCGUGGUGCUGCCCCUGAAGUUAAGCCUACCGGCAUCAUCGGCCGCUACCAGGCUCGCUACUUCGGAAAGAACCCCUCCGCUGCUCCCCUCGCCCACGCCAUCGGUACCAUCCUGAUCCUGGGCUACAGCAUGGAGUACUACUUCCACCUCCGUACGUUCCCUAAAUUCUCCUGGUAUAUUGAGCAGCACGACUUACCAUUCUACAGGCCACCACAAGAACCACCCCCACUAAGCAACUCGCUUAUUGGUUUCUGCGAGCGGGAGAUCCUGUGUAUAUACCACACACUCUACAAUGAAGACGAUGUAGAAGAAUCAAACUUGUACCACCUCUAA